UAGCGCUUUCUUCCAAUCUCUUUUCUCUAUCGAGAAAGCAUAGCAGAAGCUUAGCCCACACAAACCCAUUCUUCAUUUCCCGCUAACAAAACAUAUCAAAUGCUAUUAUCUCUCGUUCAAAUCCCACAUAUACCUGUAAUAACAACCCAACACUUCCCACAAAAACAUCACUCUUUCCUUAAAAUCACUCCACAUUCCCAAACCGUCCCUAAAAGAAGAAGAAAACUUGAAGGGUAUGCUUCAGUUUCGAGUUCUUCGUCGGCUUCUGAGGAUGAUUUCAACAUGGAAUUGGGGCGGUUAUUGGGUCUAUUUCCUGAGGAGAUGAGAAGAAGAGUGAGUGAGCACUGUGAGCUGCAGAACUUAGUUGAGGUUGUUAUGGACUUGGGUCGGAAGCCGCUUGCUAGGUUUCCAUCUGGUGACUUUGUUUUGUCUGAUUGCCCCAUUACACUUGAGGAUCUUGAGCAUGCCACGUCUCAGGUUGGUGACUUUGCCAUUGAUAAUCGAGCAGGCAUAAGUCGAACAUUGCACCGGAUCAGUGCCAUAAGAAAUCGGAAAGGUCAGAUUAUUGGUUUAACUUGUCGUGUUGGUCGGGCAAUAUCUGGCACUGCUAGCUUACUGAGAGAUUUGAUUCAGGAUGGUGCUUCUCUUUUACUUAUUGGACCUCCAGGGGUGGGAAAGACCACAAUUAUCAGGGAAAUAGCUCGAAUGCUUGCAAAUGAUUACAAGAAACGAGUAAUGAUUGUUGACACGUCCAAUGAGAUAGGUGGAGAUGGUGAUAUACCUCAUGCAGGCAUAGGUAAUGCUCGCCGGAUGCAAGUUCCGAAUUCAGAUAAGCAACAUAAGGUAUUAAUUGAAGCAGUUGAAAAUCAUAUGCCCCAAGUGAUAGUGAUAGAUGAAAUAGGAACAAAGCUUGAAGCUAUGGCUGCUAGUACAAUUGCACAACGUGGGAUUCAGCUAGUUGCCACUGCUCAUGGAAUCACUAUUGAGAAUUUGAUAGUUAAUCCUUCUCUGGAAAUGCUUGUUGGAGGAAUACAGAGUGUGACACUGGGGGAUGAAGAAGCAAACCGGAGAGGAGUCCAGAAGACAGUACUGGAGAGAAAAGGACCUUCAACAUUUAGCUGCGCAGUGGAGAUAAUUUCAAAAAAUGAGCUGCGUGUUCAUCGUAGUCUAGAAGCAACAGUGGAUGCCAAUCUCUUAGGUCGUUCACCGAAGGUUGAAGUUCGCAAAAUGGAUUCUCAAGGAAUUAAGGAAACUGUGGUGAUUGAACCCUCUAUUGAUGCAUCUGUUCAGAAGAAAGAUGACAUUUUGUUUGAUGAUUUUUCGAUGACAGAUGAAAGGAUCAAUGCUGGUGCUUUCAUUUCUGAGUCUCCUCCAUAUAUGCAAGAAAACUCUUCCGAAGACGAGACACCACUUCGCUUGUUUGUCUAUGGGAUCCUGGAGGCGAGCGUGAGGCAAGGGAUAAAUCAGUUAAAAAUGGAUUAUGUAGUCCAACUAACUGAUAACAUCAGUGAGGCAGAUGCACUGCUUGCCUUGCAGUCCAAGCUAAAGAAGAAUUCUGGGAUGCAAGCUGCCGCCAAAUCUCAUGAUAUUCCUAUUUAUGUAACAAAGACAAGCUCAUUGGUGCAGAUAACAAAGAUUAUUAGAUCGUUGGCCAGUGAUUGGGCUAAUGGAUUGAAGGAUUCCAAAUUAGGAGAUUAUGCAAAUUAUUCAGAGAAGACUGAUGCCUUAGAAGAGACAAGAAUAGCCAUUGAGCAGGUGGUAAUCCCGAAAGGCGAACCUGUGGAGUUAUUGCCAAGGCCAUCCCAUAUUAUUUCUCUUCAGAUGGACUUGAUUCAAAAGUACCGAUUACAAGCAGAGAAAAUGGGUACUGCCCCGGAUGUCCGUAUCCGUAUCCUGCCAUAUCAUACUGGAUUGGAUGAAAGCAGUGAAGCAGAAAACACGGAGAAUCCAUUUGAUGACAUCCUUGGUGCUAGUAGUGACUCAAAUGGAUCAUCUUACAUUAUCGACAGGUUACCUAUUCUUCCCGACUAAUCAUGGCGUUUUUAUUCACCAAUAUUAUUAUCAUAUUCAUGUUAUAUAGUAUUGAUAUUAUAGUAAACAAAGCAUUGCUCCGUUUUAGCCGUAAAUUUUAUAUUGCAGCCUCUUGAAUAUUGGUU